UAAUGCUCUUCAUCCUUUAUCGAUAACUCGAUAUAUGUGGAUAGAUUUGUUCCAAAUUCUUUCCAUUCAAAGUCAUAUUUCUUAUAAAACCACCUUCUUAAUUCUUGGAUAUAUUUUGUAAUCGAUUAAGAAACAAAUUAAACAACGACAAAUUCGAUGCUUUUGGCGAGUUUGAGAACAUAAUUACUCGACCCAAACAAAGGUGUUAACAAGUUUAUUGGUUCUUUUCGAUUAUAAAGCUAUUUUUAAUCUUCUGAGGUAGAAUCAUUUGAGGGAGUUACUUUCAUUUUUGUGGAAAAUUGAUUUAAUGUUGCGAGGUGAUUGAUCCCAUGGUGGUGACAAGGCGCAAACAAGCUUUCACAAUCGGUGUAAUAUACAUUAACAACGAUGAAGAUGUGGAGCCAUUUCUUUACGUCCCGCCUUCUUAUUUUCUUGACAUUCUUCCAAAUUUUCGUGCCCGUGUACCCGAUCGGUGUAAACUAUGGCACAACUGCUGACAACCUACCUCCACCUAAAGAAGUCGCACAAUUCCUUAGAGAAAACACAAUCAUCGAUCGUAUCAAAAUCUUCGAUAUGAAUACCGAAAUCAUCAAAGCGUUUGCAAACACUGGCAUCUACGUAACGGUUACUGUCCCCAAUGGGGACAUCCCGUCACUUAAAGAUAAUGCCAAGGCGGAGCAAUGGGUCAAGGAAAAAAUCAAACCCUAUUAUCCUGACACCAAAAUCCGUUACAUUGCUGUCGGUAAUGAGAUCCUCCAUUGGGGGACACCUGACGUUAUCGACAGCCUGGUCCCCGUCAUGGUAACGAUUCAUAAAGCGUUACUCAAGGCGGGGAUCAGUGACAUAAAAGUCACAACCCCACAUUCGCUUGGCAUUAUGGUGUCAUCGGACCCACCUAGUUCCGGAGCAUUCCGGUCUGGGUGGGACAUUGGAAUCAUAAAGCCAAUGCUUCAGUUUUUACAAGAAAGCAAUUCCGCUUUCAUGGUGAACCCGUAUCCAUAUUUUGGAUACUCACCGGGAAAUGAUAGCUACUGUUUAUUCAGACCAAACCCAGGUUUUGUCGAUAAAGUAACCGGGAAAAAGUAUGAUAAUAUGUUUGAUUCAUUGAUGGAUGCGAUUUAUUCGGCGAUGAAGAAACUGGGAUUUGCAGAUGUGCCAAUUGUUGUCGGGGAGACAGGGUGGCCAUCACUAGGUGAACCAUGGCUUACGUGGGUGAACGCUGAUAAUGCAAAAUCAUACAACGAUGGGAUGAUUAAGAAGUCUACAUCUAAAGUAGGGACGCCAUUGAUGCCUGGAAAGAACUUCGAAAUCUAUAUUUUUGCGUUGUUUAACGAGAAUCAGAAGCCAGGUUCGCUUGCAGAGAGGAAUUUUGGGCUCUUCAGACCUGAUUUAACAGAAGUUUACGAUAUCGGAGUGUUGAAUGGAACUACACCAAAGAGACGAUCACAUGAUGGUCCUGCGGCUUCUCCAUCGGAGUUGGUGGGCGGUGGGAGUCCAUCGGGUGGUUCUGGAGGAGUUUCCGGUGGUUCAGACUCCGGCGAGUCUCAGUCAAAGGCUGAUGACAAAACUCCUUACGGUAGCAGCAGCGGCCAUACUUAUGAUCCACCGGCGUUGAUAACCACGGUUGUGAUUUGCGGAGUUGUAGCUCUGUAUGGACUUCAUGCAAUUUUUUUUAAUAUAGCUGUGUACUUGUAUUAGCAGACGAGUUUAAUUUGAACUGUAUGCAAGAUUGACUUUGACAUUCUUUGGAGGGAAU